ACACCUCACACCGCCCCACACCUUACCCCGCCCACACCUCACCCCGCCCCACACCUCACCCCGCCCCACACCUUACACCCGCCUUUAACAAACCAUUCCCAGACACAGUCGUUAUAUAGCUCCCAGGAUGACCUUGUUACAGGGCCUCGAAGUUUUGUCAGAAGUAGUAACGUUCAUCAGGAAAACGAGACGACUUCGGUCGGCUAACACCAACUGGUUAAUAUGUCUGACCUUAGUCAGUUGACUCUGUUUUGUACAGUGCGAAUUGAAUGCCGACGAUCAAUCCGGUGCAUCUCUCGGGACUUACAGGGGUCCCUGUGACACCCACAACUAGAGCGAGUAGAUGUUUGUGGGCAAACUAAGCCUGGCGAUUGGAAAACAUGCAGUCCCGAGUAUAUUGAGGUCUAGAGGGCACCUGAACAGAGUCGAACCCCCUGUAUUAUAUGUGGUUCAGAGGACCAUAGUGUGAACCCUACCCCCGAAACCCAUCUCUUUGUGGAGGUUUGGUUCGUGGGACCCACAAUUGAAUCGACCCCUGAAGGUUUGGUUCAGGCUAUCCAACAAGUGAAUUGACCCCUGGAGAUUUGGUUGAAGGGUUCCACAAGCAAUCCAAACCUGUAAAAAGUUUAGAUAAUCGUAAAAGUGAUCACUAAUCACCAUGGCCGAAGUGGAAGACAUUAGCGUGGCUGGAUGCUCAUUGACUGAUGACCCAGAGUCAGACGACGACAACAAGGGCCUGGCGGAGGAGAGCGAGGAGCUCAUUUUCAGCGGGGAGUACACCAAGGCCAUGUCGAAGGAUUGGCACUCGGGUCACUUCUGCUGCUGGCAGUGUGACGAGUCGCUGACUGGCCAGCGCUACGUCCUCAAGGACGACCAUCCCUACUGCAUCAAGUGCUACGAGGCCGUCUUCGCCAACUCCUGCGAGGACUGCACGGCUGUGAUCGGCAUAGACUCCAAGGACUUGUCGUACAAGGACAAACAUUGGCACGAAAAAUGCUUCUUGUGCAACAAGUGUCAGGUGUCCCUCGUAGACAAACAGUUUGGCUCCAAGAUGGACAAGAUCUUCUGUGGGCCUUGCUAUGAUGCCCAGUUCGCUACGCGCUGCGACGGAUGUGGGGAGAUCUUCAGGGCAGGCAACAAGAAGAUGGAGUACAAGGCCCGUCAGUGGCACGAGAAGUGCUUCUGCUGUUGCGUGUGCAAGACUCCCAUCGGCACCAAGAGCUUCAUCCCCAGGGACCAGGAGAUCUACUGCGCCUCCUGCUACGAGGAGAAGUUUGCCACGCGAUGCGUCAAGUGUAGCAAGAUCAUCACCUCCGGGGGUGUGACCUACAAGAACGACCCAUGGCACCGAGAGUGCUUCACUUGCACCAACUGCAAUGCUUCCCUGGCCGGCCAGCGCUUCACCUCCAGGGAUGACAAGCCUUAUUGUGCGGACUGCUUCGGCGAACUGUUUGCGAAACGUUGUACUGCGUGCACCAAGCCCAUCACUGGCAUCGGUGGCACCCGCUUCAUCUCGUUCGAAGACCGGCACUGGCACAACGACUGCUUCAUCUGCGCCGAGUGCAAGGGAUCCCUGGUGGGGAAGGGCUUCAUCACUGAUGGGGCGGAUAUCCUGUGCCCAGAGUGUGCCAAGCAGAAACUCAUGUAAACGACUCCUCUCGCAGUGUUGCCAUAGUUACUCUUGUGGUUAUGGUUUGUUAAGCUAAACCCAAGCUUAAUCUUGACUCCUUAACUGAAUGUUAAAGGCCCUUACAAGUAACUUUUGAGAUUGUAUAUCUAUAGGAGGAAAAUGAAUAACCCAGUUGUUUAUUUUUUUUGUUAUACAAUUUAUAAAAAGUUUCACUCAUGAAGCUGUAAUCAGUUUAACUUCAGAAACCACAAAUGGCCUUCAUCAGCUCCAUUGCCACUUUUAAGUUAGCAAGAAAUUAAACAGAGCUUUCCUUUCAGCCAUUACUGUACCACGAAAUGCUAAGACAAUCCACCACAAAGGUGACACUGCUGUAAAGUGCCUAAAUUCCUAUCUCUCAUAUAUAUAUAUAUAUAUAUAUAUAUAUAUAUAUAUAUAUAUAUAUAUAUAUAUAUAUAUAUAUAUAUAUAUAUAUAUAUAUAUAUAUAUAUAUAUAUAUAUAUAUAUAUAUAUAUAUAUAUAUAUAUAUAUAUAUAAAUUUCUUUUGCUUUACAACUGAAGCAACACCAAGGCUAAACACCACACAAUUAAAGGAACUCAGAACUGUGCUGAAUUACAGAAGCUUAGCUGAAGUGGUGUUUCACGCACCCCACCAGGCACUUAACACUGCCUCAAUGUUGAACUUGGAUUACAGCGACUCCAAUUCAACGGUGAAACAAUGUUCCCUGCCUGCUGGGCCCCUGACCUGCAUGCUUGAGAGUACUGCAGCUUUUAAAUACCAAGAAAACUGUGCUUGCAUAUUUGGGACAGACCUACAAAAUAUCUGGUGCCAUUCACAGAUGAUAGUGGAUUGAAUUCAGGCUUUUGUUUCAUUUGUGAAUGAGAGUCCGAUUCUAUUGACUUGCAGGUAGGGUUUGAGCUUCUUUUUGGCUAAGUGAUCAGAUCCUUCUCGGUUGUUGAACGGAAUUUAAUCUUCUCUUGAUGGAAACAAUUAUAACUUAUUCACUUGCUUUGUAGAAUGGCACUGUGGCUGCGCUCUAGAAUGGCACCUAUGAUCAAGCCUGUAAUGACAGUUUAUUAUAUAUAUAAAUGUUCUUUUAUAUAUCAUGACACAAGAUUUACUGUACAUGAGGCACUUUGUUAUAUUAAAAUAAUUGCCUUGAAAUAUCUCCAUAUAUCUUAAUUCUGGUAAUGUUGAAUUCAUGCAGUAGAGGAUCAAUUACUGUCUAAUUUCAAGUCCUAUUCCUGAGGUCCAUUGAAUGUAAAUACAUAAAUUUAUUUUCUAAGAGCUUAUUCUGGGCACGUGGUGACUUACCCCGCUCGUAGGGUCAUUACGAGGAGAGAACCUUCACGAGACUAACUCUUGUUUUCACACUGUUAUGCAUUAUUUUUAAACCCAGACUGAAAUUCUGUACAUUAGCAUUAAGAUCAGUUGAGUGUCUAUGCAUUUUUCUUUUAUUGACGAAGACACUGUUGUUAAGGAAUUAAGAUAGACUAACCAUGUUGCCUUAAUAUCUCUUGAAUUGUUUUAUAUGGUUGUCACUGCCAUUGUUAUGACCUUGUUUACUCUUAACCUUUAUAUUAAUGAAGUCGAAAAUGCAUAUUUAUUGCUCGAGGGGUGGAAAAUGCACUUAAUUAAGUUUCAUCAUGACGCAGCAAUAAUUGUGUUAUUUUUGCCACGAGCACAGGGGACGUCUCCGCCCACACCUUCCCUUGCAGCUCUGCCAUUUUGAAAAUCAUGAUGCAAGAUGACAGUUAAGCUGCUGGCACAAGCCACUAAGUGGGUCACUGCAAACUUCCACUUCCCCCAAAGCCCCUAGUACAUACACAAGAGUGCCAUGGUGCACACUCAACAAUGUGGCACUGACUCCUUAGUUGUUUAAUGUCUAGGAUGUAAUCCAAACAUCAGUUUCUCCACCAUAGUUAUUGCAGGGUUUGAAUGAUAUUUGGACUUUUCAUUAUUAUUAUUAUUAUUAUUAUUAUUAUUAUUAUUAUUUCCAAUCCACUGUACCAUACUUUUGUUGCUUGUAAUUUGUCUUACAGUGAACUCUGACCUAACUUCGGGCUGGACUGUAGAUUUGUAGAGAAAUAACCUUGUGUUGGCUGUGUUCGGUUCCCUGGCUUAAUGCAUCAUGGGAGGUGGAGGCGACAGGGUUUCGAACACGAGGCUGCCUUGCUAGCAUAAUCCCUAACUUAAUAUAUUAUAGUAUAUUCUUGCAUAGAUUUAUUCUUGACAGUUAUGCAAUAGUUUAUAGAGGAAUUUGCUCUAUUACAAGUGCCUUGUGAGGUUUUGUUAAAUACUGGCGUGUUUUAUGAAGAUUCCUAAAUUGAACCGACAGACACAAAUACUCCAAUGCUUCAUCAUCAUGAAACAUUUACCAGUGUUUGCAAAUUGACUCUUAAGCGCUUCAAAAUUGGGGCUCGUGAAAACACUUAAAUGUCCUUUUAUUCUUUAUAACUGAAUUAUGUUUUUGUAUAUAACGAGAUAAUAUACCUAGCUUGCUUUAUAACAAAUAUAUCGCUCACCAGUUCACUGGUGUGUGGUAAAUAUAAAACACCGCUCUAUCGCUAUGCGAUUUUCUUCAUCGAUCAAAUUUUCACUCAUUGUGGUUUUGAAUUAUUUCAUCAAAAUUAAUAUAAUCCUGCCAGAUAUGGAGUGUUAUUCUAGUAUCUCUAUUACUUCAUCAUCCAGCAUUCUGGGUUUGAAUGUGCUGUCCAUAUUUUAAUUUAUAUUCAGCAUAGUAUGUUUUGUGUUCAGGUUCGUUACUGUUUCGUUAAGCUUGUGGAAUGUCCACAGCUGCUUUUCUCAAUGUUUUAUUUUUUAAUUACAAGAAAAUAAUAAUAGGCCUUAAACACUUUAGUGCAUAGGUUAUGCUGUAAAAUUGUAAGUAAAUAAACUCAGCAUUGAUAGCUGCAAGAUCCUUCAACACAUGUAAAUUACUUUCCAAUUUAGUAAACCCCAUUAUAUAUAUACAUAUAUUUUUUUUUGACAAGCAUCAGUAGCAGUGAUAAUUAUUAGUUACAUAACUUAUGAUAAAUCAUGAUGCAUAAGCAUUGAUGACUAAAAUAACGAGAGGGUUCAAACACAAUGCAUAUGGCCUUAAAAAAGUCAAACCAGCCUUGUAUACUGUUAAGAUGUAGGCAUCCAGUCCCUCCCUAUAGAAUAAUGUCUUUAAUUUUAUCGUCUUCAUCACAUCACGAUGCACCCCCCAAAGCUUCCGAUUUAUUAUUUGGUUCAACUGUGCAUCGAUGUGUUACCGAAAACACCCAAAAGAUUUCUCUUACACAGGUCAGUUCAAGGCGGGUGUAAAGAUCUUCCUUGCUCGGAUCUAUGUAAAUGGGAACGCUUGCCUUGAGGUUCCUUUAUACUUGUUUCAUAUUUUCGUAUGUAUUAUACCCUGUGGAUUGAUUCUGUGAGAGGUGCUAAAUGUGUGAGCUUCAUGUUGGCCUGGUAUAAGCUGGUGCACAAUAAUACUAAUGCCGAUGUAACCAAGUCUCUGUAAUAAACAUGUUACAGUG